AGAAUUAUUAAGCGACUAAAUAUUAAGAAGCUGAGGUCAACAAGUGCUUGAAGGAGGUGCCAAACUCUGCAUUAACGUAUCGACAAUGGCUACAUCUUAUAGAAAGGCAGCUCUUUCAACAGGAUCGAGAAAAAAAACUGGUCCUAAACCUGAGCUUACUGAAGAACAAAAGCUAGAAAUCCGGGAAGCAUUUGAUUUGUUUGAUGCUGAUGGGUCUGGAACAAUUGAUGCAAAAGAACUUAAGGUUGCAAUGAGAGCAUUAGGUUUUGAACCAAAGAAAGAAGAAAUUAAAAAGAUGAUUUCCGAUAUUGAUAAAGACGGUUCCGGGACAAUUGACUUCAACGAAUUUCUUCAAAUGAUGACCGCUAAAAUGAGUGAAAAAGAUUCAAAGGAGGAAAUUUUAAAGGCCUUUAGAUUAUUCGACGAUGAUGAAACGGGCAAGAUCUCGUUCAAAAAUUUAAAAAGAGUUGCAAAGGAACUUGGAGAAAACUUAACUGACGAAGAGUUGCAGGAAAUGAUUGACGAAGCAGACAGAGAUGGGGACGGAGAAAUUAAUGAGGCUGAAUUUCUUCGCAUCAUGAAAAAAACUAGUCUUUAUUAAAUUAUAUCUUUAUAUUGCAUCAAGUAUCACUGUACAGUUACUUCAUUACAAAGUGUUGUUUUAUAUGUCAUAACUAUAUAGCACAUGUAUUUAUUUGAAUUGUCAUUUUGAGUUCAUAAUAUUAUGUAACAUCUGUAGAUAAAACAAACGCCUUUAAGUGUGUGAAUUUUCUUUGAUUAUUGGUUCUUCGAUGAGUUAGGAAAAUUUAAUAUUGA